AUGGUAGCACAUUUCAGGCGAUCUGUCUCGUUCUCUAACACCCCAUCACCGCCACCACCGCCGCCUUCUUCCACCUACAGAACCACCGCAAAAAGGAUCCACUUCAGAUCCACCAGUUUGCCCACCAGAUCCCACCCUGUCCUCUCUCAACUUAAAUACCACCUCAACCAGCUCAAAUCCCAGUGGGGACCCGAAACUGUAUCGGAAUCAAUCAAUUCUAGUCGGAUCACCGACGCGUUGAUCCGUUUACGCAUCAUCCUGGAGUCUCUCGACGACCUUCUUGAUCUUGCUCCAUCAAGAGACUCCCUGCGUCGCCACCCUGAGUGGGUGGAGAAAGUUCUUGAAGACUUUCUAGUGAUGGUGGAUGUUUAUGGAACUUUUCAGAUGCAAAUCUCAACGUUGAAACAAUGUAAUGUUGCAGCGCAGCUUGCGACAAGGAGGAAAGACGGGUUGAAAAUGGUGGUUUGCUUGAAGGGUUUGAAGAAAUCCGGUCGAGAAAUCUUCAAGCUCAUGCCAUUUCUCCAAACGAUCCGUGAGCGCCCGGCCGAUUUAACUCAGUUGGAUCCGAACCCGGAUUUUGAACUCGUUGAAGUGAUAAAAGGUGUGAUGGAAAUGAUUGUUGUGAUUUCAGAAGCUGUUUUUGGUGGGAUAUCGGCUUCACUGGAAACCCGAAAAGCUUCAUGGAUGAUGGGAUUGAAGAAAUCCAAGAGGGAAAAAGGGAUCAAAGAAGUUGAAAAUGGGAUUUGGAGUUUGAGAAAUUAUAAAGAUGAGAUUUUGAACAAGAAAAUGAUGAAAGAAAUGGAAGAAUGCAUAGAAGGGAUCGAGGGUGGAAGUGAAAGGGUGUUUAGGAGCUUGAUAAACACUAGGGUUUCACUACUCAACGUACUUACACAAUAG